AUGCUGGACUCCACGAAACCGGUAGAAGAGGAGAAGACGCCGUACUAUCAGCCCGAACGCUUUUAUCCAGCGAAGAUCGGGCAGAUUCUCAACGGAAGAUACCAGCUUUCCACGAAGCUUGGAUGGCGCUGGCUGGAUGAAAAAUACGUUGCCGUCAAGAUUAAUGUCUCCAUGCACCAUUCGCAGGACAUUGCUUCUGACAACGAAUUGGCUAUCCUCCAGCAUAUUGCAAGAUGCAAUCCACACCAUCAUGGCCGCGAGUUUGUCAGAAGGCCUCUAGACUCGUUUACCCUGGAGACUGCGCAUGGGAAACAUGUGUGUAUCGCAUUCGAACCCCUACGAGAGCCGCUCUGGCUUUAUCAACGGAGAUGGAAAGGGGGCGUCAUCCCUUCGGAGAUUCUAAAAGUUAUGCUACAAACAAUCUUGCAUGGCUUAAAUUAUCUGCACUCUGAGUGCCAUGUCAUUCAUACCGAUUUAAAGCCGGACAACCUCUUGAUCAAGCUCGAGGAUAAAUCGAUUCUAGCCCGGGAUGCCCUUGACGAAUACCAGCAUCCUCUUCCGCAAAAACGCUGCGAGGAUGGACGUAUAAUAUACCUGUCUCGAAAUAAUUAUGGGAGACACAUCAAAACCACCAUAAGGACCGUAAUCACUGAUUUCGACUUGGCCGUUCGGGGAGGAGGCAUUCCAAGAACAGGUUGUAUACAGGCGGAAGUUUACCGUGCUCCAGAAGUCAUUCUUGAUGCAGGGUAUACCUACAGUGCCGACAUCUGGAGCCUGGGCGUAUUGGUAAGGCUUUCACUUUCGCAUGGCGGUUUAUCUGAGUCAACUACUAACGUCAAAGGGAAGCUAUGGGACUUGUUAGAGAGAAAACCGCUCUUUGGCGAUGCCGAUCCGCCCGGUAGUGACUAUGAUGACGAAAGGCACCUCGCAUAUAUCACUGCCUUGCUGGGACAGCCGCCAGUGAAAUUACUUGACAAAGGGCAGAGAACGUCGAUAUUCUACAAUACAGACACGCAUUGCCUCAAAACUCUAGGCAUAGGCCCAAGUGCGGAGUUCACCUUCGAGGGUACUCUGAGCAUCAUCACAGGCGAAGAAAAGCAGAGGUUCAUCAGCUUUGUGAAGAGAAUGUUAAGAUGGAUGCCGGAAGAGCGUAGUACGGCGCACGAACUGCUGGAGGAUCCCUGGCUUCAUACCAAUUACCCAACUGAGUGA